CGUCACAUUCCUGCAUUCCCCGGCUUGUGUGUCUGGAAGCGUAAUCUUUUCUUUGCGAACACAUUUCUCUCCCGAGAAAUACACCGAUGACACGGCGUGUUUAAUAUCAGGACGUGCUUCAGGAUUCCCCCAGCUGUCCGAAUCCAAGAUUUGGGUCCCUCCCUCCUCCUUCCCUCCCUCCCCCGCCAGGUGGCAGGCAGCAGGUCGCCAUGGAGAACUCGUCUGUGGCGUCAGCGUCCUCAGAGGCUGGCAGCACGCGCUCGCAGGAGAUUGAGGAGCUGGAGCGCUUCAUCGACAGCUACGUGCUGGAGUACCAGGUGCAAGGCCUGCUGGGAGAUAAGAACGAGGCAGACCUGGACGGAAACAACAAGCCCCAGUCCCACAUCUCACAGUGGACAGAGGACUGCAAUGACAGGAAAGAUGGGAGUUGGUCAUCCUCACGGGGGAGGGGCUCCACCAAACCGGAUGAGUGGGAUCACAGUAGUAAUGGCAGUACAGGGUCCAGGCCCAGCUCUGGUUCAAGGCCUGGUUCAGGCUCCAGGUCCGGUAGCCGAGGGAGGAACAACCAGUUCAGAGGGCCAGCCAAGGUACAGAACGGGAACAGAGAAGGGGCAUUUGAUAUCCUGGGUACUGACAUCUGGGCUGCUAACACCAUGGACUCUCAUGGGGGGGCGACAUGGGACCUCCAGCCUGAAAAGCUAGACUUCAGCCAGUUCCACAGGAAACCCUUCAGAGGAACACCAAAGCAUCUACCACACAUCGACAGAGAGGGGAUGAUGAAAGGCAAGUUUGAAGAUGAUGAUGAUGAUGAUGGCAUCGACCUGAAUGACAUGGAGAAGUUCCUGCCAGGCCUUACUGGUUUCCCGCCCCUGCCUAAUGAAGCAGAGAUCGCACACACCAAAAAGCUCUUCCGACGCAGGAGGAACGACCGACGAGGGUUGCACCACAUCAUCCAGGACCAUCUAGACCUAACCGUGCUGCUGCCGCCCGGGGGGAAACGACUAGUCAGUACCAGGAGACAGCAGCAGCAGAGACCUCCGGGAGGAGGAGGAGACAGGAAGACCCAGAAUCCUCAGCAGCAGUCGCCACAACGACAACAACCUCCAUCUCAACAACAACCGGUCAAUCAGCAACAGAAUGACCAGCAGCAGCCCGGGCCGGGGGGUCAUGGUAGAUACCCUCGUGACCAGCAGCAGGGAGGACAGCGUGGAGGUAGCCACGGGCAGCAGUUCCAGGGCCACGGCGGCCAGCGUCAGGGACCUCCCCACCACGGCUAUAGCCAGAAUCGCCGCUGGCACCACAACCAGAAGGGGCAGGGGGUAGGACAGGGACUGCAGGGGCAAGGGGGCCCGGCAGGGGACAGGGGGGCAACCCCAACAGGAGACAGGGACAGGGGGGCAACCCCAACAGGAGACAGGGACAGAGGGGGGGCACCAACGGGAGACAGGGACAGGGGGGAAACCCCAACGGGAGACAGGGACAGAGGGGGGGCACCAACGGGAGACAGGGACAGGGGGGCAACCCCAAUGGGAGACAGGGACAGAGGGGGGGCACCAACAGGAGACAGGGACAGGGGGGAAACCCCAAUGGGAGACAGGGACAGGGGGGCAACCCCAACAGGAGACAGGGACAGGGGGGAAACCCCAACGGGAGACAGGGACAGGGGGGCAACCCCAAUGGGAGACAGGGACAGAGGGGGGGCACCAACAGGAGACAGGGACAGGGGGGCAACCCCAACGGGAGACAGGGACAGGGGGGCAACCCCAACAGGAGACAGGGACAGAGGGGGGGCACCAACGGGAGACAGGGACAGUGGGGCAACCCCAAUGGGAGACAGGGACAGAGGGGGGGCACCAACGGGAGACAGGGACAGAGGGGGGGCACCAACGGGAGACAGGGACAGAGGGGGGGCACCAACGGGAGACAGGGACAGAGGGGGGGCACCAACGGGAGACAGGGACAGAGGGGGGGCACCAACGGGAGACAGGGACAGAGGGGGGGCACCAACGGGAGACAGGGACAGAGGGGCAACCCCAAUGGGAGACAGGGACAGGGGGGCAACCCCAAUGGGAGACAGGGACAGGGGGGCAACCCCAAUGGGAGACAGGGACAGGGGGGUGGCACCACUCAGAAACACCAAAGAGACAGAGAAUGUGAAGGCAGAGGAGACCAGCACCAGGCUGGAGACAGAGAGCUCCAGGGGCCCCAGUGAGGGGCUUCCCAGCCAGCCUGGGGGCCAGCAGAAGGGCCAGAGCCCAACAGGGAGUGACAAGCACAGGGACAGCCAGCUGGACGCGGGCCCUAAAGUCAGCCUGCUGCAGUCAUCCAAGGAGAGGCUGAGGCGGAGGCUAAAAGACAAGGAGGAGGCUGUGGUGUCGCCGGUCGGGCCCCAGCAGAGCCGCAUGGACCGCUUGCUGGAGAUCCUGAACAGCAUGAGGAACAACAGAGCCGGGGUGGACAGCCAGCUCAGCUCCUUCAUGGAGGAGGCCCAGAGCUCGGCCCAGAGCUCGGCCCAGAGCUUGGCCCAGUCAGAGGAGACCCUGGAUCAGAUAGUCAGAACCAUCUAUGACAAGGCCCUCAGCGACAGGAGCUUUGCUGCUACUGCUGCAAGACUCUGUGACAAGAUGGCCCUGUUUAUGGUGGAGGGGACCAAGUUUAGGUCACUACUGCUCAAUAUGUUACAGAAGGACUUUUCUCGUCGGGUGGAGCUACAGGCGUCUGACGUGGAGCUUUGGUUGGGAUUCAUCACCUUCCUGUGUGAGGUUUUUGGAACCAUGAGGUCCAGCGCUGGAGAACCCUUUAGGGUGUUGGUCUGUCCUAUAUACACCUGUCUCCGAGAGCUGCUGCAGUCUCCCGAGGUUAAGGAGGAUGCAGUCCUCUGCUGUUCUAUGGAGCUGCAGUCCACAGGUCAUCUCCUGGAGGAGCAGCUUCCAGAGAUGAUGACUGAGCUCCUUGCCACAGCCAGGGACAAGAUGCUGUGUCCGGCUGAGUCCCAGCUGACACGCUCCCUCCUCAUGGAGGUCAUUGAGCUCCGUGCCCACCACUGGACCCCUCUGGAGGCCCUCACCACACAGUACUACAACAGAACCAUUCAGAAGCUCACCACCGCCUAGCCACCCAGGGCCCAGGACUGGACCUAGGCUCACAGGUCUUCAGGUCUCUCUUGAAAAAGACAUUUUAUCUCAAUAAGACAACCUGGUUAAAUCAAAUAAAAAGGUCCAGUUGUCUGACAUAGGGAGGCCUUAACUGGGUUAAUAGCUAGGAGGCAUGGGACCAUAGCGGGCGGCAGUACAGAAUUUAUCUGGGGCCGAAAGGGUUUAGGUUACGGUUUGGGGAUGAGACAAGACAGAAACAUGUGAAACCAUGCAUAAACAAGUCGAACACUACACACACAACUAAAAAGACCGGCCACUGGCCAUGCUGCCUGUUCCAACGAGACGGGAGGAGGACAAAGAGUGUUUGUGAGGCGCGUAGAGGAGAGGGGUGUGUGGGGGUACAGGGUCGGGUAACAGCCGUCUCUGGGGAACAGAGGGUCUCCUCAGAGGAUAAAAAGAGAAGGCGGUGUCCAGAGGGACAUUUCAUUCUCUAUCUCUUUUGUGCUUGUUUGCCAACUACCCGCCCUCCUAUCUGUUUCCUCUGUCUCUCCUCCUCCUUUCAACUCUAGACCCCUUCCACCCCGGGGUCUAUGUGGCUGGGGGAGCAUGCCUCCCUCUAGUUUGUCCCCUCACCAGGCGACCCUCUCUUGCCAGGCGACCCUCUCUUGCCAGGCGACCCUCUCUUGCCAGGCGACCCUCUCUCCCCAGGCAACCCUGCCUCCCUCCUCCCCAGGCGAACCUGCCUCCCUCCUCCCCAGACCUGCCUGCCUACCUCCUCCCCAGACCUGCCUGCCUACCUCCCCCCCAGGCCUGCCUGCCUCCCUCUCUUCCCAGGCCUGCCUCCCUCUCUUCCCAGGCCUGCCUCCCUCUCUUCCCAGGCCUGCCUCCCUCUCUUCCCAGGCCUGCCUGCCUCCCUCUCUUCCCAGGCCUGCCUCCCUCUCUUCCCAGGCCUGCCUCCCUCUCUUCCCAAGCCUGCCUCUCUUCCCAAGCCUGCCUGCCUUGCCUCCCUCCCCCCCAGGCCUGCCUGCCUCCCUCCCCCAGCCCUUCCUGCCUCCCUCCCCCCAGGCAACAUGGACAGGCCUGCUUUAGUCCCCUGCCAGAUGCUCUUUGUGUGGCUGAGACACUGGGACACUGGGCCUUGCCUGCUGGCCUGUUUUGGCUGGCUGACAGAUGGCUAACAUUACUGGAAGAAGACUCAAGUGGGCUGGCUGCAAGACACACACAGGCCAACCCAUCCUCCAACCCAGGCUAACCCAGUCAGGCCCCUGACAGAGGGGCACACUGGGUCUGUCGUGGGGGGAGACUUGAGGACUUGGGGGGAGAAGCAUCAAGCAACUGCUUUGUUGAGGCUUCUUUGUCAUUGUCCUUUUGGGAGGGGUUUAAUUUCCUCUGUCUAUGGUUUUGUUACCUUCUGUAUUAAUAUUAUUAUAUUAUUAUUAUAUUAUUUCUUUUAAAUCAGGUUUAAAUAUGUAUGACUAUGGGAUAUUUUAGGGCUGACCUGUUGCACUGGUUUGAUUUGUUUUAAAUGGUUUUAAGGUGAUUAUUUGCUUUAAAAGUCAAAAAUAACAAAUACAUUUUAACAGUGGUAAUGGGUACUAGCAUUAAAGGAUCCUCAAUGGGUUUGAGGAGUUGGUUGACUAGACUGAGGGAAGGUUUGAGGUGUUGGUUGACUAGACUGAGGGAAGGUUUGAGGAGUUGGUUGACUAGACUAAGAGGGAAGGUUUGAGGAGUUGGUUGACUAGACUAAGAGGGAAGGUUUGAGGAGUUGGUUGACUAGACUAAGAGGGAAGGUUUGAGGAGUUGGUUGACUAGACUAAGAGGGAAGGUUUGAGGAGUUGGUUGACUAGACUAAGAGGGAAGGUUUGAGGAGUUGGUUGACUAGACUAAGAGGGAAGGUUUGAGAAGUUGGUUGACUAGACUAAGAGGGAAGGUUUGAGGAGUUGGUUGACUAGACUAAGAGGGAAGGUUUGAGGAGUUGGUUGACUAGACUAAGAGGGAAGGUUUGAGAAGUUGGUUGACUAGACUAAGAGGGAAGGUUUGAGGUGUUGGUUGACUAGACUGAGGGAAGGUUUGGGGAGUUGGUUGACUAGACUAAGAGGGAAGGUUUGAGGAGUUGGUUGACUAGACUGAGGGAAGGUUUGAGGUGUUGGUUGACUAGACUAAGAGGGAAGGUUUGAGGAGUUGGUUGACUAGACUGAGGGAAGGUUUGAGGAGUUGGUUGACUAGACUAAGAGGGAAGGUUUGGUUGACUAGACUAAGAGGGAAGGUUUGAGGAGUUGGUUGACUAGACUGAUCGAAGGUUUGAGGAGUUGGUUGACUAGACUAAGAGGGAAGGUUUGAGGAGUUGGUUGACUAGACUGAGGGAAGGUUUGGGGAGUUGGUUGACUAGACUGAGAGAAGGUUUGAGGUGUUGGUUGACUAGACUGAGAGGGAAGGUUUGAGGAGUUGGUUGACUAGACUGAGGGAAGGUUUGAGGUGUUGGUUGACUAGACUGAGGGAAGGUUUGAGGAGUUGGUUGACUAGACUGAGGGAAGGUUUGAGGAGUUGGUUGACUAGACUGAGGGAAGGUUUGAGGUGUUGGUUGACUAGACUGAGGGAAGGUUUGAGGGGUUGGUUGACUAGACUGAGGGAAGGUUUGAGGAGUUGGUUGACUAGACUGAGGGAAGGUUUGAGGAGUUGGUUGACUAGACUAAGAGGGAAGGUUUGAGGAGUUGGUUGUCUAGACUGCGGGAAGCUUUGAGGAGUUGGUUGACUAGACUGAGAGGGAAGGUUUGAGGGGUUGGUUGACUAGACUAAGAGGGAAGGUUUGGCUAGAAGAAAGAUUCAUAGACAUGGUUGGUUUGAAGUCAGUCAGACUAGUGGCCUUGUCAACUAUAAUAAUACAUUUAUGUAGUUGCGUCCUGUUUUAAAAAUUAAGGCUGGGAGGUAGAGUACUUGCUGAGACGGAGUGACCGAAUUUGAGUUUAUUAUUUUUUGCAAAAUGAAAUGUGGCUCCUUUAAGAGGAGGAAGAAACAAGCAUGAUAAAAUCCUUCUUCAAAUGGUCUCCUGUUCAAGCAGCCAUUUUGCAAGUCGUUAUAUCUGUAUAAUGAUGAAAUCUUUUAAUCUGUGUUAUUUUACAGAUUUUUUUUAUGAUAUAAUGUAGGUAGCUAGUAUGUGAUUCGCAUUAUUCUGGCUUCUGCAAAUGUGUUUACCACGAUAUUGACGUAUACCAACCCACUCAUCAUUCUAUCAUUUGAUGGGCUGUAUGUAAUCCACUGUACAGUAAUUAGCAGUAUUUAAGAAAACAGAGCGAGCGCUCAGGGGGCAUGGUGCAAACAGUGACUAUGGCUACAUCCUAAUUAAAUAUAAUUCCUCCCAAAGUGUGCACUUGUUCACUUCCCUUCACUGAUUUGAAAGGAAGUGACUGGUAUGAGAACUAUGUUCUAGCCCGUACAUCCACCAAUCCAAUGCGUUUAGAUUGCGGGAGGUAGUGAACGAGUCUACACUUCAGGAGAAAGGAGAUAUUUAUGGGACGCACCCAUGAUGAUUAGCUAUAGGGUUGUAUAGGGUUGUGUGGAUAGGAAGGUGGCUUUUCUAUGUCUUCUUCCUGUGGCUUCAGGUCAUGUUGAAUGAACUGCUCUGUCUGGGACAGUCUGUCAGUCCUACGACUACUAGUGUUACUUGUUCCUGAUUUCUCAUUGAAUUGAAUCUCUCUGGGAAGUUUUGUGUUAUUUUUGUUUCUGUCUUGCAUCAAGAAUCCUAAUCUUUAAGGUAGUCACACACCCAAGUCAAUAGGAGGGUCUUGAAUGGAAACGUAUAUAAUGAGUUGGGAGAUCUAUAAACCCAUCCGUCUAAGUGUGCGCAUGCCUAUGAGCUGAUUCUAUUUAUUUUAUUUGAGGUUUUUAUUUAAAAUGUUCAUUUUAGUUUUUAUUUUAUCAAUGGGUUUUGAUUUUAAGUGACUGAAUCCAUUGUGAUACCGAUGAUCUCUUGCCUGGUAAGUGUGGUAUUACUGUGAUAUUUUAGAUUGAAAGCAACGCUGUAGUGCUAUUGGCCGAUUCCGGUUCCAUAUGCAAAUGGCGUGACUCAUUGAAACACAACGGGGUUCUUCCUCAUCUGUGACACUGGGCCUCCCGGCGCUGUCUGACACUUGACCUUUAGGUCACGUGACGUACACCGACUAUUGAAUGCAACGCACCUCUAUUUGCAUGUCGUUGACAUUGGAACGAGGGAGACAGAAUGAGAUGGGAGGUGUUGGCGUGGUUACUCAAGCGAGGCAAGCUAGUCUACUAGCCAGAGGGUGUACAGAUGAUGAGCUGUAGAAUUUGUGGUUGGUCAUCAAUUUGUUUUUAGUUUUUUUUAUUAAGCAAUUGAAAAAAAUAAACUAACUGAAAAGAGAAGUGGGAAAAAA